AUGACGAGGCUUUUCUCUCUUGCACACAGAGUUGUUUUGGCCACUGUGACCUACAGGCGCUGCGGCUGUGGGGGGUUCGGAAUGUUCUAUGCCGUGAGAAGGGGCCGCAAGACCGGGGUUUUUCUUACUUGGAAUGAAUGUAGAACACAGGUGGACCGGUAUCCUGCUGCCAGAUUUAAGAAGUUUGCUACUGAAGAUGAGGCCUGGGCCUUUGUCAGGAACUCUGUGAGCCCUGAAAGUUCAGAAGGAGAAUUUGUAGUGGUUUACACUGAUGGCUGCUGCUCCAGUAAUGGACGGAGAAGGGCAAGAGCAGGAAUUGGUGUUUAUUGGGGGCCAGGUCAUCCUCUAAAUGUAGGCAUUAGACUUCCUGGGCGACAAACAAACCAAAGAGCAGAAAUUCAUGCAGCCUGCAAAGCCAUUGAACAAGCAAAGGCUCAAAACAUCAAUAAGUUGGUUCUGUAUACAGAUAGCAUGUUUACUAUAAAUGGUAUAACUAAUUGGGUUCAAGGUUGGAAGAAAAAUGGAUGGAGAACAAGCACAGGGAAAGAUGUAAUCAACAAAGAGGAUUUUGUUGAGCUUGACAAACUUACCCAGGGCAUGGAUAUUCAGUGGAUGCAUGUUCCGGGUCAUUCAGGAUUUGUGGGCAAUGAACAAGCUGAUCGAUUAGCAAGAGAAGGAGCUAAGCAAUCUGAAGACUGA